AUGCCUAUCAUCAGAGAUUUUACCCCGCCAGCCAACGCCCAGUUGCUGGAACUGCCCGAGGGCCCCAAUCCGAAACUGUUCAUUGCUUUCGUAUCAUCGGACGAUCCCAUCACCUCUCAGCCUUGGUGCCCGGAUGUUCGGGCUGCAAUGCCUCAUAUCGAUACCGCCUUUGCGGCAGGCGACGCGCCGACUGUAGCGAUUGUCCCAGUUGGGCAGAAGCCAGAAUGGAGGGACCCGAAAAAUGUCUACCGCGCAAACUGGAAUGUCCAAAAUGUUCCCGCGCUGGUACGCUUUGAGCGUGUGGAUGGGAAGGUCUCGGCGACAGGAAAAUUGAUUGAAGGCGAGAUCUUAGACAAGGCUAAGCUCGGUGCUUUUCUCGCUUGA